AUGGUGAUUAGGCAUCACGCAGUUCAUCUUAGCCACAUACCUGGAGUUCUAACUUCCAUAGAGCAGCCAGAGAUGCCGAAAUUGAGUUUGUUACAUUCGUUGUCUGUGCUGGAAUUCAGAGGCUGUCCAUCAACGAGGCGCGAGACUCCAGAGAGGAACAUGUCCCUGUACAAAGGAUCAUCAAAGCAACUUUUUCCUGUAGCCUCAAAUUCCUGGUACCGCUCCAAUGUUCGCUUAACAAAAGCCAAGGCAAGUGAGAUCCAUAAACAUCAUAUCUUAGGUUAUCUUUUCCAUAAGGGGCCACAUUUCCUUCUUCAGGAAUCAAAGCUGCGAUUAGCCUCUGAUACAGGGGAAUCUCAUUUGGUAGUAAAGUGCUACUGCCGGCAUCGUGAGGGGCAAGAGCAGGAUAAGUCCACAUCAGAUAUAAACCGAAAUAGAGGCUCCAUCAUCUUCCAGAACGGGCUAGAGAGGGCAUGA